CGGGCUCGCGCUCCCUCCCACCGCUCGUGCGCACCGACUGUGACUACGCUCCCUCUUUCCUACAUUCAAACAUGGCGAAACUCUUUGCCAUCAUACCACCACCCUCGCCCUCCUCAUCCACCACUGCGUCCUUAUCGUCUCCGCUGACACCUCCAUCAUUAUCUUCACGACUAUCAACACCGUUAUCUCCGGUACCGUGAUGACCCGGGAGGAUGGAGAAGUUGUCCGCGAGCCUGUCGGAGAUCACCUGGAGCCCGUUGGCGCUGCCGCUGGACGCGGUGGUCAGCAAGUUCCGUCUGCCCACUCUGGUCCGCCUCGCGCACGGUGAAUGUGUGGAGGGUCUGUCGGAGGAGGAUGUGGUGCUGUUACACUCCUGUCGUCAGUGGACCACAGUGACCGCCCACAGCUUAGAGGAGGGCCACUAUGUCAUCGGGCCCAAGAUAGAUAUCCCUCUGCAGUACCAGGGAAAGUUCAAGUUGUUAGAUGAAGACCGAGACGUCAGAGACCCCGUCCAGUAUUUUGCCAGUGUGGAGGAAGUUGCUGGAGUCUUCCCUGACCGGGUCUUUGUCAUGGAGACAAUCACUUUUAGUGUCAAGGUGGUUUCAGGGGAGUUCAGCGAGGACAGUGAGCCCUACAGCUUCACUCUGCAGGCUGGAGAUGAGCUGUCACUGAUGGGGAAGGCGGAGCUUCUCUGCGCCACGCCCUCGAAGGAAAAGACAGGACUGAGCGCGCUUCUCAGACGCUUGGGAAAGACUCCUAGAAGUAAAACCCCAUGCCUCGUCUGCAUGAACCAUCGCACCAAUCAGAGCGUCAGCCUACCCUUUGGCUGUCGUGGACGCUUUUGCACACGCUCCCCUCUGGAGCAAGGCAUGCUGGGAGGAGAGCACACGGUACGCAGCAUCAUCGAGAGAGUUCGCCUCCCUGUCAAUGUGUCAGUGCCUUCCCGGCCCCCGAGAAACCUCUACGACCGCCACGCCGUCCGAGAGGGCCACCGCUACAAGCUGCUCAACAUCGUCAGCAAGACGGUGGUGCUCUGCAUGGUGCUCCGCCGACAGGAAGUCUCCCCCUCACACUUUUUGCUGCUGCGCUGCAUGCCCCGCUUCAACGUAGCCGAGGCCUCCGUCCACACAGCGGUGCUAGAGAGCCUCUUGUUGCGACACUCUUUUGACCCGGACGCCUAUUCCCGUGCCGUGAGGGAAACCCGGCCCGAAUUGGAGUGUAUGACUGAGGAGUGCGUGAGCCCGCGGCGCUCUCGCAUGUGUGUGUCAGGUCAGGACUCAUUAGCGCCGGCACUGCAGCGCCUCUCCAUGUGCGGGUAUGGGGGCGGGGUUUCGGACAACCUAUCACAGCGCUGCAGGGACUCUCUCGGGGAGAGGUUAGGGGAGGGGCCAGGUGAGGAACGGGAGUAUGUGACUCCUGAGUGGACUGAUGCGGAAAUGAGGACCAGUGAGGAAAUCCCUUAUGAGGAACUCUGGACCAAUCAGAACCCAGAGAGCCUAGGGAAGGAGCCGAACCUCAUCUCUUUCCACUCAUCUUCUUCAUUAGACGGCACUCUUGGUACCGUGUUAACAAGAGUGUCCACACCGCCGCCCGUACCUCCAAAAUCUGAUGCUGUGAGAGAGGAGUGUCGCUACUUGAUCGCCCCUCCGGUUCCCCCCCGCUGCUCCAAAGGAGGAUCCAUUUCCAGUCCAGUCCCCAGCCCUCCUGUCCCACCCCGCUUCCCCAAAGCGUCCACCUCCCCCAGACCAAACCUGUCCUUCUACUCCUCUGGACUUCAGGACAGCUGCUCUCCAUCUCCUGAUGCCUCCCUCUACUGUUACCCGUGCUCCUGGGCAGACUGCCCUGCUCCAAACCCCACCAGUCCUGAGCCGGUCUCUGCCAUCUCCGGCGACAGCACAGCCAAUCCUCAGCCAGCACAGGCCACCUGGGCAGAGCCAUGGGUUGACUCCUUCACCCCCUCAGGUCCUCGACUGAGGCCACCUCCGCAGAGCCGAUUCGCUCCCUUUGGGGCGUUGAACCCCUUCAACCGCCAGUCUCCCUGUCCCUCACCUGAGCCCAUCCCCAACCCCACCCCUGAUUCCUCCAGAGGUGCAGAGGGUGGCGGGACAUCAACAGGGGUCACUGAAGGCCUGUCCCCGCCUCCUGACCCCACCUGGCGGCCCCCUGCCGACCUCUCUGCGCUGUCACUGGAGGAGGUGUCAGCGUGCCUGCGCUUUAUCGGCCUAUCAGAGGCAGCGGUGGGCGUGUUCCAGAGGGAGAGAAUCGACGGCAGCCUCCUGGUACAGCUGACCGAUGACAUCCUGUCACAUGACUUCCAUCUGAGCCGACUCCAUGUCACCAAGAUCACACAGUUCAUACAGGGCUGGAGGCCUAAGAUCUAACACACGUACACACACACACACACACACACACACACACACACACACACACACACACACACACACACACGUACACACAUAAACAGUCCUGAUAAUGUGCCUGUUGGCUGCUGAGCCGUCCUGAAUGUGCCUUCCACUGUGACCAAGCGGCUGCUGAGCCUCACUGACUCAAACUGACACUCUGCUGAAGGAAACCAUGCCACCCUGUGGUCAAAUUAGAGAACUGACACUUGAACGGCUUUCAUGCUGCAAGUCUUUGACAGACUGACUGCAUCAUGGCAGACUGGGACUAGUUUACUAACAAAUGACUACAACUGAGGGGUACAUGGUAAUUAAGCCAAUUUUGAUUAAUUUUUGGUGGCAGUAAGACAAAAAAGCUUCAUCCAUACACUUCUAGACAGCUGUAGGUUUUAAGCUCUACAUGGAUUUGUGCAGCCUUCAAACUUUGGACCCACAAAAAUCUGAAAUGAGGGAAAACAUGCCUUCAAAAAAAAUCUUGAAAAAUUUGAUUUUUUUACACUUUGCCACUCUCAGAGAUUGUUUGUUUAUGCAAUACAAGGGCCUUUAAGGGAAUUAAAGGCUGUAAUGCUGUUUCCUAUCUUUUUUUAAGCAUCAGUGGCAAGAAAAGUUUCUCAAGAGAUAAGAAUGUGCCAGUAAAGCUGAAUAAAAAGAAAAAAUGCUGAAGAUCUUGAAGUCAAAAGCAACCAGUGAGGACAUAAUUGAAAUUCUGGUAUUGAUCCAAGAGUCACUGAACCAUCUCUGAAUAGAAAGUUCUCUGUGUCAAGACCGUUCUGUGCUUUUCAGACAAUGGGAUUUCUUUAUUAACAUUCCUUCUGAGAGUAACACAUGAAGCCCUUUUUGUCUGCUGUUGCAUACUCAGAUGUGUUGCCAUGCUAUAAUGUAAUUUUUGUGACUGCCUCAGAAAUAGAGUUCUCAAAAAUGUACCUCAGAUCACCUGUUGAGAUACUGUAUGCACGAUUUAGCCAUGCAUAAUAUUAAAUGAUAUUAAACUGA